GCCAACCUGAGGCGAAGCUGACCCCGUCCAAAUUAAAAAGGAGAGAAAACGGACACCGGGAGGUACGAGCAAACGAAACCCGGGACCAGCUCUCGGUUCCUCCUCCCAUUCUUCUUCCCCUCCCGAUCCCCCCUUCUCUCUCCCAACCCUAACCCUAACCCUAACCCCUAAUUCCCCACCGAUCCCGCGCCGAGAUGUUUCGAUCCGAGUAACCCCGCCUCUCCGGCACGCUGCCGCGCUGCUCCGACCCAUCUCCGGCCGAUUCCGUCCUUGCGAUCGGCCUCCGCUGCGGAUCUUGCGUGCGUGAACAAAGGUGAGUGGGGGUGGAGAUGCCAUCGCACGCGGAUCUGGACCGCCAGAUCGAGCACCUGAGGGAAUGCAAGUUCUUGCCGGAGGCGGAGGUGAAGGCCCUCUGUGAGCAGGCGAGAGCGAUCCUCAUGGAGGAAUGGAAUGUCCAGCCCGUGAAGUGCCCCGUCACAGUGUGCGGUGAUAUUCACGGCCAGUUCUACGAUCUCAUCGAGCUGUUCCGGAUCGGAGGGGACGCGCCCGACACCAAUUACCUCUUCAUGGGGGACUACGUAGAUCGUGGUUAUUAUUCUGUUGAGACGGUCACACUCUUAGUGGCCCUGAAAGUUCGUUAUAGAGACAGAAUUACAAUACUUAGAGGAAACCACGAGAGCAGACAAAUAACUCAAGUGUAUGGCUUUUAUGAUGAAUGCUUGAGAAAAUAUGGGAAUGCCAAUGUAUGGAAGUAUUUUACCGACCUUUUUGAUUAUCUACCUCUGACAGCUCUUAUUGAAAAUCAGAUAUUUUGUUUGCAUGGUGGUCUCUCCCCGUCCUUGGAUACAUUAGAUAAUAUUCGUGAUCUUGACCGUAUACAGGAGGUCCCACACGAGGGCCCCAUGUGUGAUCUUCUAUGGUCUGAUCCGGAUGAUCGGUGUGGGUGGGGAAUAUCGCCAAGGGGAGCAGGAUACACAUUUGGACAGGACAUUGCUCAACAAUUUAAUCACACAAAUGGUCUUAGCCUUGUUGCCAGAGCCCAUCAACUUGUCAUGGAAGGUUACAAUUGGUGUCAGGAUAAAAAUGUUGUUACAGUAUUUAGUGCACCAAACUACUGUUACCGAUGUGGUAAUAUGGCAGCAAUAUUGGAGAUUGGAGAGAACAUGGAUCAGAAUUUCCUUCAGUUUGAUCCAGCACCCCGGCAGAUUGAGCCAGAUACUACUCGCAGGACUCCUGACUAUUUUUUGUGAUCUUAAUAACCCUUACAUCAGCUGGUAGCGGUGCUUGUCUGCUGCAGUUUUUGUUCUGUAGAAUUGUCCUAUAAAAGAGUUUUGGUAGACGGAGAGAGAUCGUAUGAUUCUUUCUCAUGGAGUUUUUGCUGCUGCUGCUAGUGUAAAGAGAUAUCACAGAGGCUUUUGCCAUGCAUUACUGUUGUAUUCCAAGAAGAACAAGGAAGCGGCGAUGGCAAACCAGAUAUACCGCUUUAUACACACAUUGUCCUGCAUUAUUGUUGUAUUCCAAGAAGAACGAGGAAGCAGCGAUAGCAAGCAAGAUAUCUCCCUUUGUACACACAUUGUCCAUUGAAAGGAGAAAACACAAGCAUUAUGGCUGCCCAUACCCAUAGCAACUAUAAGCCCAAGAUUUCUAGUAGACACUGUGUUUAUUGUAUCUUUAUUAUAUUUUAUUACAGUGAAAGCUAAUAUCUGGAAGGUUGAAACCAGUAGCAGGCCUGUCAAUUUUCUCUAUGCUUUCCGGGGUUCUCCGAGUUGGUCCUUGAAAUUAAUUCAGUUCGCAUAGCUCAGGUGUGGAUGUUAAGUUAGGCAUCUGUUAAAACUAUUUUGGUAGCUUGGUGACUUGAUCGUCCAAAAGAUGUUCCAUGUGUUUGACUUGAAGAACUUUUAUUUUACUCGGACUUAUUCUUUACUAUUUUCAACCGAAUGGGUUCUCAGCAGUUAGUUUA